GUUUGAGUGAUUUAAAGACGUGCUUUUUGCCACCAGGUUCAAUAUAGCUAUACUGUGGGUUUUUAAAACGGAUUUUUGGAGGCAACAACUUCAAUUCCUUGAACGUAUUACAUCUCUGUUAUCUCAAAGCAGCUGUUCACUAUUUUUUAUUCAUUAGAUAACAGGUUGGGUUGUCUGUAAACAAACUAUCUACCGGCUAACAAUAACAACAAACUAAUUACCUCAAUAAUAACAAAAGGUGCUGACAUACAAAAAUAUUUUAAAUCAAGGCUAAUCAGAAUGAAUCGUCAUGUUCAGUUUGUUAAGAACUUGAAUCGUUUUCGCCUAGUAACAUUUGACAUCACUGAUACAUUGUUGAGGUUUCGCAAACCUCCAGGUGUGCAAUAUGCGAAGACUGCGGCAUCAAUGGGCGUAAAAAACCUUGAUCCAAACAAAAUACAAAAUUUAUUUCGCGAAGAAUUUAAAAACAUGACCAAGAGAUAUCCCAUUUACGGCCGAAAUUCGAAAGAAAUAACAUGGCAGAACUGGUGGAUGCUGCUGGUGGACAACGUCUUUAAGCGGGUAGACGACAAAUUAUCGCAAGCACAAAUACGGAGCAUUAGCGAACGCCUUUUCGAGCAGUAUCGCUCCAAUGAGUGCUAUGUACAUAUAGAGGGCAAUGUAGAAUUAUUAAAAAUGAUACGUGAUGUUACUAAAUAUGUUGGUGUCAUAUCUAAUAGUGAUCCCGGCUUGGAACGUGUGCUCUCAAGCAUGAAUAUAAGACAUGAAUUUGAUUUCGUGUACACCUCAUAUGAUUUGGGUGUUGAGAAACCGCAUUGUGGUGCAUUUCUGAAACCUUUAGAGAAGUAUAAUGUGCAUGCUUCUGAGGCAUUGCAUAUUGGAAAUCUUUACGAAAAGGAUUAUGUAGGUGCCCGCAAUGCUGGUUGGAGCAGUUUGCUCAUUACAAAGUCGGCUGAUGAGACUCAAAAGGCUAAACCUACACACGUGUAUUCUAGUUUAAGAGAAAUGCAUAAUGCUUUGCAAACGAUUGAUAUCGAGUGGUAAACAUAACGGACC